AUGACUUGGCAGCAAAAGGUAUUCCUCCCCCUACGCGGGCGCGUCGCCCGAUCCUUCUCAACUUCCCGUCCUCAAUGGGAAGCUGCUCCAUUGCCUGCUCGAAAGCCUGUUGGAGCUUUCCGUGGUGGAGUCUUUGGCUUCUUGACUGGCGCUGUUGUUGCCGGCGCGUCCGUCUACUUCUAUGCGCUAGGAGACUACCGUAUCUCUAAUGAGAUGCUGUCAGCUGAUAUCUCGGCUCUGCAGAACGCUACUUUGAAGCUUCAGUCGUACAUCACAGAGCUGGAGUCGAAGGUGGACAAGCUCCAGAAGAAAUAG